AUGUUUUUUACUUAUGUUGUUCGUCCUGGUGAAGCCCCCGAAGGCCGAGGGCCACAAUUUGAGCCAUUUUGGGAUUUUUUUAUGAAUUUUAAUUUACGUGUUGGAUUUUUAAUCCAAUUUAUUUCGUAUACUUUACUAGUUUGUUCCAUAACACUUUUAGGAAAAAACCCAUUAGGCAUUUUAAACUUUUUAAGAGCACUACCAGGAACUGUUGGAAAUGCACCAAUGCCUUUAGUGUUUUUGAGCAUAGGAGGGUUUUUAUUAGGAACUCUUCUCAUUAUGUCCUUCUUACAAUUGACCGAAGAUGAUAGCAGUAUUAAACAAUCAAGAGGUUACAGAGCAGGAACCAAGUUUUUAUUGCAAGCAACAUCUAUGGGAACCGUAUCAUGGAGUUUGUCUUUAAUAUGCUUAAUGGCAUCUUCAUACUAUUUUGAUGACCCCUGGAUGGAAGAGAAGAUUGGUGCCGGUUCUUCAUGGAUUUUAUAUUUCAGUUCAAGAUUGAUUGAUGCAUUUUGUUUAUUUUUAUAUGGAUCUGGAUGUUUCUUUUUGGAAGUAUAUCACUCUGAAGGAGCAGGAGAAGCUUGGGGAUGGUUAUGUGGAAUGUGUUUUAUAGCAACUUCUUUUGUUGAAGUAUUAGCUUUAACAUUAUAUAAUUCUGCAAUGUUUGAGUCUUUAGAUUGGUUUUAUUGUGUAUUUUUGGGUGUAAGUCUUAUAGCUAGCUCAAUAUGGGGAAUUUUAUUUGAGCCAAUAAGUCACAGAUAUGAUGUAAAAUUAACACAAAGUGCAAUGAGAAAUGAAUAUUACAAAUCAAGAAAUGCUAUGGCAUAUUAUGGUCCAGCUGUUGUAACAGCAAAUGGAGAACUAGACAUUGAAGCAUCAACUGAAAAUGCAACAACCUGUAAAUAA